GCCGGUCCGGCCAGCGACUCAAAAGCGUUUCGGUGGUCCAAGUGUUCGGAACUGUUUAGCUUCUGGUCUAAAAUUCUAACAAUCAAAUCUCUUUAAAAUGAGAAUCCUGGCGGAGAAUCACGUCCAUUUGCUGGAUCCUUCGGAGCUGAUGCGGCCAGAGCCCACGUUUGCCGACAAGAAUCCCUCCAAGUUCCGUGACUACAGUGUGGACACCACAGAUCCCCUGAAGGAGCGCGUGCGUCAGACCUAUCGUCAGAUGCAUCUAAAUCAGACGGUGGACUUCGUCCAGGGUCGCCGGAAUCACUGGCUGCAGUUCAAUACGAUUCAAAUGACGGUUCGCGAAGCUCUGGAGAAACUUAAUGAUCUGGUGGAUGAAUCCGAUCCCGAUCUGGAUCUACCCAACAUCAUACACGCCUUCCAGGCGGCUGAGCGGGCACGCGCCGAGUUUCCGGAGCACGACUGGUUGCACCUGACGGCACUCAUCCACGAUCUGGGAAAGAUCAUGGCCUUCUACGGGGAGCCGCAGUGGGCUGUUGUCGGUGACACAUUCGCUGUGGGCUGCCGUUGGGGAGACAGCAUCGUCUAUCGGGACGAGAGCUUUGUCGGAAAUCCAGACGGGGCCAACACAUCCUACAAUACUGAGUAUGGCAUCUACAAGCCCAACUGCGGUGUGGACAACCUGCUCAUGUCUUGGGGCCACGACGAGUACAUGUACAGUGUGCUCAAGCACAACAGAACGAAGCUUCCCGACGUGGCAUGCAACAUAAUUCGCUUCCAUUCGUUCUAUCCUUGGCACAAUGGUGGAGACUACAAGCACCUGGAGGCCCCCAAGGAUGCGGAGACCAAGAAAUGGGUGCUGAUUUUUAAUCGCUAUGAUCUUUACACCAAAAGCGAGGUAGUGCCAGACAUCGAGGCUUUGUGGCCUUACUAUCAGACUCUGAUCGACAAAUAUUUGCCAGGAGUCUUGGAAUUCUAAAAGAAUACUUGUAUAUCUUUGUUGGUUUGACUAUAAUAUGUAAUUUAAUAACAUUAGUUACGUAAUCCCUUUAAUAGCUAUUGCAGUUGAAACAGCUGUUGUGAAUAUCUGAAGUACGAGUACUCAUAUCCAUAUGCAUGAGUAUGAGUAUCCAAAUAUUUAUUUGACAAUAAACAUAUACAUCCUA